CCUUUCUUAUGUUCCUCACCUUAGAUCUAGAGAGAGAGAGAGAGAGAGAGAGAGUGAGUGAGUGAUUCUUUCUCUCUCUAGGAAUUUAAAUCAAACACCACAUUGGAGAUUUAUGAACUUAUAGGAGUUACAGCACAGAGAUUUUCCGAGGAAUCAAGAAUGGAUAGAUCUCGCGAGAACAUCGCAAGCUUGCGAGCCCAAGAAGCGGCUCCGAUGGAGGGAGUGAGAUUCGGAGCGCGAACGGCGAAUAACAGCGACCGAAGAGCGUUGCGCGACAUCGGAAACCUCGCGGGAGCCCCUCAGAAUCCUAAUGCAGUGAGAAAGAGGGGAUUAUCAGAUGAAAAUGCCACAGAUGAUAAGAAACAAUGUGUUUUUCUCGCAGACCGACCGAUUACGAGGAGAUUUGCUGCCACUUUAGCAAACCAAUCAAGAACUGAUGAUCACCUGCAGUUCUCGAUUGCGACGAGCUCGAGUACUUACCAGAAUUUCAUCUUGAGAGAUGUCGAAGAGACCAAAGAAGAAGAGGUGAAUAUUGAGAUAGAAGAGAUUGAAAUGGAAGAUCUAGAAGAGGAAGAGGAGGAAGUUCCAGAAAUUGAUAGCUGUGAUUCAAGUAACCCACUUGCUGUGGUUGAUUAUGUUCAAGACAUUUAUAACUUUUAUAGAAGGACUGAGGAUUUGGGUUGUGUGUGUCCCAAUUACAUGUCCAACCAAUUUGAUAUUAAUGAGAAGAUGCGAGCCAUUCUUAUUGAUUGGCUCAUCGAGGUGCACUACAAGUUUGAGCUUAUGGAGGAGACACUGUUCCUCACAGUGAAUGUAAUAGAUAGAUUCUUAGCACUCCAAACAGUGGUGAGGAAGAAGCUGCAGUUGGUGGGAGUAACAGCCAUGCUUCUUGCAUGCAAGUAUGAGGAAGUCAGUGUUCCAGUUGUGGAUGAUCUUGUGCUCAUUUGCGAUCGCGCCUACACGCGAGGGGAAGUUCUCGAAAUGGAGAGGUUGAUGGUGAACACACUGCAGUUCAACAUGUCUGUGCCAACUCCUUAUGUCUUCAUGAGAAGGUUCCUCAAGGCUGCUCAAUCUGAUAAGAAGGUAGAGCUCCUAUCAUUUUUCCUCAUUGAGCUCUCCCUUGUGGAGUACCAAAUGCUCAAAUUUCGCCCUUCGCACUUGGCCGCUGCAGCAAUUUACACUGCUCAGAGCACACUCAGUGGGUUCAAGCACUGGAGCAAAGCUUGUAAGAUGCACACCAUGUACUCAGAAGAGCAACUUUUAGAAUGCUCUAAAGCAAUGGUGGAGUUUCAUCAAAGAGCAGGACAAGGGAGUCUCACAGGGGUUCACAGAAAAUACACUGCAUUUAAGUAUGGAUGCGCCGCGAAACACGAACCGGCUCUCUUCUUACUGGACAUUAGACCCGCAAAUUGCUGAUUUUAUGAGGGCUUUAUUGACAAAUUUACGUGAAUCCAGGGUUAAUUUCAUACAGGUCCCUGCUAACAUAGUGAAUGACAAAUAUAUCUUUAUAAAGUUCAACUUUCAUAUAUUAUUUCUACAAAAGUUCUGAUAUUUUCAAAUAUA